CAGGCCGAGGCCCCGCCCUCCAAGGCCCCGCCCACCCCGCGGCUCCGAGUGCUCGGAAGAUGGCGGCUGCAGCUGGAAGGUUUCUCCGGGCCUCGGUUGCUCGACAUGUGAGCACAAUUUGUCGGGGCGUUUCUGCCUCUGCAGCUGUUGGACCUCUUGCUCCUAGAAGAACAGGCUUGACAAGUAUCCUGUGGUCAGGGACUCCUCAAGCCAAAUUCGCCUUCAGCACCAGUUCUUCCUGCUGUGCUCCUGCCGUCACCCAGCAUGCACCCUCCUUUAAGGGCACAGCUGUUGUCAAUGGCGAAUUCAAAGAGCUAAGCCUUGAAGACUUUAGGGGCAAAUAUCUGGUGCUUUUCUUCUAUCCUCUGGACUUCACCUUUGUGUGUCCCACAGAAAUUGUUGCUUUUAGUGACAAAGCCAAAGAGUUUCACGAUGUGAACUGUGAAGUUGUCGCAGUCUCAGUGGAUUCCCACUUUACUCAUCUUGCCUGGAUCAAUACGCCCAGGAAGAACGGCGGUUUGGGCCACAUGAACAUAGCCCUUUUGUCGGAUUUAACUAAACAGAUUUCCCAGGACUACGGUGUACUGUUGGAAGGUCCUGGUAUUGCACUCAGAGGCCUCUUCAUCAUCGACCCCAAUGGUGUUAUCAAGCAUCUGAGUGUCAACGAUCUCCCCGUGGGCCGAAGUGUGGAAGAGACCCUCCGCUUGGUGAAGGCAUUCCAGUUUGUGGAAACCCAUGGAGAAGUCUGCCCAGCAAACUGGACACCAGAUUCCCCUACAAUCAAGCCAAGUCCAACAGCUUCCAAAGAAUACUUUGAGAAGGUCCAUCAGUAGAGAGCUCCCUGUGCACCUCCAGCUUCUCCAGCCUAAGAAGAGCCGCAGCUAGGGGCCCUUAGGCAUCCACACAUGAUGAUUUAUAGAAGGCAGGAGCCCAGUUGUGCUCGCACUUACAAAUAUUCCUCUUAAGUGUUUUGUUUUUGUAACACUGGCCAAGGCCUUCUAAAGGCGGUCAGUUGCUAACCUCAGGAGUCCAUAACUGGGACAUCUCAACAGCUUAGCUAAGUUCUGCGGAAAGCCAGCUCCUUUCUUAGAACAGGUCCUCAGCUGGUAAAGAAAGUACUCUUGCAGGGUUUUUUUUUCCCCUUUGUUUUACUAGUAUAUUUUAGAUAUAUAAUGAUAACAUUAUAGGGAAUUUGU